AUGCCAGCCACAGAAAUGCAGAUGAUGGAGAUGGAUAUGGUGCAGGGAAUGUAUGAUACAUAUGAGUUAACCAGCAUGGAUCCACCAACGUACUCUGUCAUUCUCGCCGCUACUGCAGAUGACCCACCGGAGCUUCGAGUUACAAUUGUAUACGAAACGGAAGAUUAUCCAGAAACAGCAGCACCCACUGUGCGACUGGAACACAUCGCUAAACAUCGUCGCAUGCAGUUAGCAACCCUCUCAAAAGAAAUUGCUGAACUAUGUGAGGAACAAAUCGGAUUACAUAGUGUUAUCUCAGUCUUACAGAAGGCGCAGGAAUACCUUACCGAGUUUGCUGAAAAUGAAGAAAAGGCAGAUUUACACAGACGUGGAGAAGCGUUAGCGAAUGCUGCUGCAAAUGCCUCAGGUGUAUCUUCUAUGCCCGACCCUACAGUACGUGUUGGAACCGCCGUCACCCGCGAGUUAUUUGAGGAGUGGAGUAAAAAACAUAAUGCUGAAAAACAACAGGCACGGGAAUCCGUAGAGAAGAAGAUUUCUAAUAAAUUAACAGGACGACAAUUGUGGGAUAGUGCACUUAAGAGUGCCGAUUGGGAACUCUUUGGUGGUGCGGACGAUAACGGCUUUGAUGAUAAUGAACAGGAUGUUGAUUUUGACGCCCUGUCACUUGGAGAUGAUGAUGAGGAAGAGCAGUAUGACCUAGAAGAAGAAGAAGAGUGA